AUGGAGCGGCAGGCUGGCACCGAGGCCCUGCGGCGCUUCCAGGAGCUGCUGCAGGAUCGCCGGGGCCAACUGCACCACCAGGUAUUGCGCCUACGCGAGGUGGCCCGGCGCCUGGAGCGCCUGCGAAGACGCUCCCUGCUGGCCAACGUGGCGGGCAGCUCGCUGAGCGUGGCGGGCUCGGUGACGGCCAUCGUGGGACUCUCGCUCAGCCCCGUCACCCUGGGAGUGUCUCUCAUCGCCUCGGCCGUGGGGCUAGGGGUAGCCACUGCCGGGGGAGCCGUCACGAUCACUUCUGAUCUGUCCCUGAUCUUCUGCAACUCCCGGGAGCUGCGGAGGGUGCAAGAGAUUGCGGCCUGCUGCCAAGACCAGAUGCGGGAGCUCCUGAGCUGCCUCGAGUUCCUCUGCCGCUGGCAGGGCCCCGGGGAUCGCCAGCUGUUGCUGUGCGGGAGGAAUGCCUCCAUGGCUCUGUAUGACUCUGUCUACUUCAUCGUCUUCUUCGGCUCCCGUGGCUUCCUUAUUCCCCGGCGGGCCGAAGGGGCCAGCAAGGUCAGCCAGGCGGUGCUCAAGGCCAAGAUUCAGAAACUGGCCCAGAGCCUGGAGUCGUGCACCGGGGCCCUGGACGAGCUCAGCGAGCAGCUGGAGGCCAGAGUCCAGCUCGGCACCAAGUCGGGCCGUGGCUACGACCUCCAACUCGCCACUGAACAGCCAAGCGAGGCCCCAAAAUAG